CUCCACCAAUGCUACCAUUUUAUUAUUGUACGCGUGUUUUUAAAUUCGCCACUUGAUGGGACUGGGGAAGAUGAAAAAUAAAAAGGACGGAUGUGCGUAAUCUUGGUCGCAAGGCAUAUUCCUUGGGUUUGGAAAUGAUCGCGGUGCAAUUACAUAACUGGCCAGCAUUCCAUAUGGAGUCAGCAGAGACGUGAACAAGGAAAUAGCCUAUUUUGUGCUUGCAGGACCUUCGGAAAUCCAUUCAAGCCAACAAGUUUGAGGAGAAUGUUGAGUUUAAUCAAUUCAGAGCGUCGAGAUGGAGACCGACUCACUCAAGUGGGUAGGCUCAUCUUGUGGUUUGCACGGUCCGUACAUUUUCUACAAGGCUUUUAAAUGUUAUCGAGAGGGAAGAGCGCGGAUCCUGUCCCUGGGUGACUUUUUCCUUGUCAGAUGUACACCGGAGGACCCCAUUUGCAUAGCGGAGCUUCAGCUUCUGUGGGAAGAGCGGACCACUAAGCACCUCUUGUCCAGCUCUAAACUUUAUUUUCUGCCCGAGGAUACUCCGACGGGGCGAACGGUGAACCACGGUGAGGACGAGGUGGUGGGCGUGUCAGAGAAGGUUAUCCUGCGUCUGGAGGACCUGGUGAAGUGGUCGUCUGGCGACCUGUCAGGAUGGGCGCGCGGCAGGAGAGCAGCGGCGGCGGCGGCGGCGGUGGCAGUCUCGCCUGUGUCACCCUCCACGGGGGCACCCAAAGCGUCGGCCGUGCUGAGGGAGCUGGGCACCAACGGGCACAGCAGGGACCUCCAGCUGGGCAGUGGCGGUGGCGCUGACAGCAACAGCAGCAGCGGUGGGCACAGGGCCACCAGCCAUGCCCACCUGAGCUCCCGGUUCAGUAUCAGCUUCAGGGACGUGCUGAAGGAGAAAGCCCAGAUAGGUGAGGACGAGGAGGAGAGGUCCAAGGUGCUGGUCCUGAGCUACCCUCAGUACUGCCGAUACCGCUGCGUUGUGGCCCGCCUCCGGGGGGGAUGCGGGGAGGCCGCGGUGGUGACCGACCGCAUCCUGCGGGCCCUGGGGGGCAUCGGAGCCCUACAGGGGGUGGGAGAGGGCGAGGGGAGGAUCCUCUACUGCCGAGACACCUUCCAGCACCCCACGCUCGGACGCAACCAGAGCGUAUGCGAACACUUUGCCCCCAACCUGAAAGGCCGGCCCAGGAAGAGGAAGCUGUCUCAGCGCCGGGAGAACCAGGACUGCAACCAGAACCAGAACCAGAACCAGAACCCAAACCAGGCCUUGCGGAGCGAGACACAGGCCCGGCACCCGGCCAGGACCGGCCCGGAAACCAGACUCCCAGCCAAGGUGAGGCUGCCAUGCAGGGUCGUCGUGGCAAAAGUCAAGAAUGGAGGGGUGUACAAGAGGUUGUCUGUGGAGGACAAGAUGGAAGAGAGGAGAAAGAGAGAAGGCACGGAGGAGAAGGAGGAGGGGGAGGAGGAGAAGCCGGAAACAGGGGGACAGAAGGUAGACGAACAGGCGUUCCUGGUGGCCCUAUACCAGUACAUGAAGAAGAGGAGAACGCCCAUCGAGAGGAUACCUUACUUGGGCUUCAAGCAGAUUAACCUGUGGACCAUGUAUCAGACCGCUCAAACGCUUGGAGGCUACGACAAGAUCACAGCUCACAGGCAGUGGAAGCAUGUGUAUGAUGAGCUGGGGGGUCACCCUGGCAGCACCAGUGCAGCCACCUGCACGAGGAGACACUAUGAGAGGUUACUCCUGCCAUAUGAGCGGCACACUCGAGGUCAAGAUGACAAGCCUGGCGCAGAGUCCCGCCCUCUCAAGGCAGAGCCCCUUCCCAUUGGAGGAGGCAAGCAGAAGAGCCCCUCCCCUAAAUGCCCCAGAGCUGGCCCGGUGCCAGACCAGCAGCCUCAGAGUGACACAGCAGACCAAAAGCCAACGGUUUCAGAUGACAGUGAGGGUUUGCACCUGAGAGGAACCGCCAGAAACAGGAAGGCAAAGAAGGAACCAGACCUCCAGCUUCCUGUAAAGCAAGAAGAAGAAGAAGAAGAAGAAGUAGAAACCCUACCCGCUCAGCCACAGCACCAUGACAACCACCACCCAGCCAAUCACCUCGCCACGGACAUCUCGCUCCAAACCAGUCCCAAGCCAUCAACGACCUCUUCACCGCCACACUCCCCAGGAGGAGGUCUCGCCCCCCAGGAACCAGAGUCCUCCCGGGGCAGUGUCCCCAAAGAGGACUCCCCAGCCCCACCUGCCCCCCAUCAGACCUCCAUCACCACCACCACAACCACCACCAUCAGCAUGGGUUAUCCACUGGAGUCCUGUGACGAGGAAGGGCAAGCGCUAAGCCCAAUAAAAGAGUUGAUGACCAAUGGCUCCUACCCAGAGCCCCCACCACUAAGCGCGUCUAGAGUGCAUGAAAGUUCCUCCCCGAACGCCCCGAGCACCCCUUAUUUCUGCGGCCCGCACAGCGUCAUGUCCCCUCUGGCCAAGAAGAAGCUGUUGUCCCAGGUGUGCGCGGCGGGAGCGGGAGCGGGAGGGGGAGGGGGCGGGGCUGGCGUCCCCCAAAUGUACCCCUUGGCCAGCGCCACCGUGGUGGUGCGCUGCGACCCCGUGGAGUGGGGCAGCGGCGGCGGGCUGGGUGUCACGGGCAUGGGCACGCUCCUCGAACCCUCGAUGAACCCCCAGAGAACCCCCUUCGCCGCUCAUCCCGCCAGCCCCGAAACGGCGCCACCCAUGCCUCGACCCUCAGUCAUCCAGCACGCCCAGAGUUUCAGGCCCCUGGCUGCCAGUGGCCCUGAGGACGAGCGGAAAAGCCCGCAGGGCUCCCAGUCCUACCGUGGAGGAGGAGACGCUCCGGUGAAGAGCCAGUCCCUGGCCUCCCUGUCCCACUCCCAGACCCAGCACCAGCUCAGCUCCAGUUCAGACCUCUUUGACCACCAGAACCACCACCACCACCACCACCACACCACAGCCCAGGAGGUCCAGAGGCCCUGGGAGGAGCACAACCACCCCCCUACCCAACCACCUGCCCACCCUCCCAGCACGUCCUCGCCCUCGGUCGGCAGAGACGAGGUGUUUUACUCCUCCCCGCACCUGCAGAGCCUCUACCACCACACCAAGCACCGGCUCUGCCAGCAGCAGCAGCAGCAGCAGCAGCACCACCACCACCUGGGCGCACAGGUGUACUCAUCCAGGUAUGCGGAGGGCGACCCAAGUAGACAGGUGGCCGCCGGACCCACACAGAACGAUCCAGAUGUGGUUAUCGACGAGAGGCACUCGACCCCACCUCGAGUUCCCCCUCCUGAGUGCCACGGCGGGAGAGUUGCAGGUGCUUACCACUCGCCAGUAGUCAGCGGUCACCACGCCAACCUGGGCCUUCCCAGGCCGGCUCUCUGCAAGGGCCCUUUCGGCAGCGGCCAUGCCUAUAACACAAUGCAAGGGGACUUCAGAACAACAACAACCCUGCCUGCCUCCACACCUCCAGCUGGUGUAGUAGAUGCACAAGUCAAGGAGGCCUGCAGGGUGCCACCAACGCAUGCCAGAGAUGCCAAUAUGACCUACAAAGCAGCGGGUACCGUGGUGGGUAUGGGUGGAGGACUGGCAACGGCGAGGGAAAACGGCGGACUUCAACAACAGACAAUAGACGCCGCUAGACUCCCCCCCAAGCGCCCUCUGGUGGAGGCGAGAGAGAGCAACACACUGCAGCUGAAGGUGACCCGGCCCUCGUCGCCCCUCCGGCCCUCCAGAGACCCCUCGGCAGGGGGGUGCACUCGGCCGUCCGAGAGGCAGGGCGAGGAGGCCGAGCCCCCGGAGCCGGCGAGGGCCGUGCACUUGAACAGCUACUCGUCCCAGGGGCACCACCGGGGGGCUCUGCACGCUCCACACCUGGGCGGCCUGUGCCCCGUCGUGGGUGCUUUCGGGGCGCAGGAGGCUUGCGAGGGGCCGCGGGGGGCGGCGAUGGGCUACCUGCCGCCCCAUCCGCUGGCCUACUUCAAGGGCCAAGGAGGAGGUGGCGCCCUGCCCGCUGUGGUGGCGCCGCCGUUUGUGCUGCACGCCCUCAUGAUGCAGGGCCAGCUGGUGAGGGCAUCUACCCCCACGGGGCCUCACCACCACCACCACCAUCAGGCCCCGUCUGCCGGUCGAGCGGGGCGGUUCGGUGAGCAGGUGCCCAGUGUUGUGUACCCGCUUCGGCCCUUCAACACGCCACAGGCGUACCCCGCUGUUACGGCCCAGCCCAGCACCAAGCUCUGAUAUCGCAUAUGAACUUGCAGUACUGUACAUACAGUACAGGCGAACUGUCAGGACAGUUAAAACAUGGUGGUACAUAAACACAGGUGCACUGCAGACUGGUUUACAUACACACGCAUAUGCAUGAAUAGGACAGAGAGACAUGUUCAUGCACACACACACACACACACACACACACACACACACACACACACACACACACACACACACACACACACACACACACACACACACACACACACACUGUGCACAUUGUUCAGGGGUGGCAUUCUCGAAAGCGUCUUUGCUAACGAUGGUAGCAACAUCCUUCGUAAGAGCGGCUCAACUCUCACUCGACAGCGACGCUCACCACUAAAUCCAAGGGAAUGGUGUUACGUCUUAAGACGGUCUUAAGACGGUUAGCAACGACAAGAAUCGAGAAACAGACCCCAGGCUCAUGCACACAGUGGUGACAUUUCUGAAUGUCUAUACUACAAGGUUUUGGUUAUGGUGUUCAUUUACUGAGAAUUUGAACAUUUGAGGUUCUUUCCAUUAUUGUAAGUCACGUACGACCUUGUGCCUGUGGCCUCGUAAUGACGUCGUAAAACGUCAUUGACGUCAGAAUUUAAUUCAAUAUCUGGCAGAAGUGCAUUUCAAAGGUCAUUUUCUCAUUUGUGAUCGGAAUGUUGAAUGGGGAAAGUCCCCUUUAAAGUUGUUGUGGCUAUGCUGACAGCAGGGAAACGUUUCUAUUUGUAUUUUUUAUUUCUCCACGGAGGCGGGGCAUCAGGGAAGCAUGAGGCCACAAGCACAGGUCGUGGACGGGAGUUGGGAUAAUGGAAUGUACCCUUGAACUUUGCGUGCCACCUUAAAGGCCACCUUACAUUAUGUGAAAAACAGGCUUAGUCUUACAUCUUACCAUGCUGUACAGACAGUACUUUGUUGGAUCAUAUGAUUUCCAUUGCAGCUCACCGGAGCAUAAAAGCUCAUUGACAUUCUCAAGGAAUUCUCAUGGAGACUGACCAUUAUUUGUCUUGUGUGUUUCACACGCAUCUCAUGUUUAAUCUGCAAGCGCAGGACUGGCUUACUUUUCAAAAAAAAAUGUGGUAUCGGCUCAUCUUCAGAGACUGGGGGGGGAAGCCAAUACUCAGAGGGCAAUCUGCAUCUUUAAUGUGCAGAACAAGACAAACCAGUCUGAGGCAGAUCUAAGACACCUUCCGUUCUUCUCAGAAGAGGAGGACGGAGGGGGGGAGGCAGAGGGAGCCCUACCGGAUCACAGAAGGUUAUUACGCAAUUAAAUAAACAGAGAUGAUGUUAUGUGUUGGGGAUUCCUUAGAUUUGUACCGCUAAGCGCCCAGUCACAAGUACUGUAUAUCAUCAGUUGUACAUCUGUACAGAGAUGUCGUGUAUAUUAAAGGGUUUCCAAAAGGAGAACACAAGUGUGUGUGUCUGUUUC